AUGACCUCUCAAACCACUUCUGCGGCCUCUCAAGAUGGCUCCCAGAGACAGCAGUCCAAUGCCACCACCACCGCCUCCCAACUCACCGGUCAUGAAACGCUACUGAGCCUACGACAGAGCCUGAAUGCAGGCCUGAAGCAGUACCCCGAUUUCCCGCAGCCUGGAAUUUUGUUCGAGGAUAUCUUCCCUCUCUUCGCCGAUGUCAACUUGCACCGCAAUUUGAUCCAGGCUUUUCUCCUCACCAUCGAAGAAAAACUCGGCGCCAACAAGCCCGACAUCAUCGUUGGGCUCGACGCUCGAGGAUUCUUGAUUGGGCCACAGCUGGCCAUUGCCCUUAAUGCAGGGUUUGUACCCGUGAGAAAGCCAGGCAAGCUACCAGGUGUCCUCGAGACAGUCGAGUACCAGAAAGAGUAUGGAACAGACACCUUCGCCAUACAGCGCGAUUCAGUGAAGCCCGGCAGCAAAGUACUGGUCGUCGACGAUCUUAUUGCCACUGGUGGCUCGGCUGCCGCGGCAGAGACCUUGAUCAAGAACUGCGGCGGCGAGCUGCUGGGUUUUGUCUUCCUGAUCGAACUGACGAAGCUCAACGGUCGUUCUAAGUUGAACGGACCCGUAUUCACCGUGCUUGAAAGUCAAGCGGAUUGA